CACUUCCGUCUCAAUACUCAGUUGCUGAUCCGUGUUCGGUCGCUGCAGUGGGCUUUGAAUAAGGGCGUCAGCUACGAAAUUAAUAAUAAUAAUAAUAAUAAUAAUAAUAAUAAUAAUAAUAAUAAUAAUAAUAAUAAUAAUAAUUUAAAGCCCAGCUCAACUUGAACCCAAACAGGUCAUGGUGCAGUACACUGUCACCCUGGUCACAUCCCACCCCCCCCAGUCUGGGACCUUCAGCACGCCGCUGAUCACUCUUAUUGGGACGGGGGGGACCAGUAAGGAAUUCAAACUGGACAUUCCGCUCCAGAACCUCCGCCCAGGAUCGAGCGCUGUGUUUCACCUCUCUGUCUCCUCUCCUCUGGGGAGGCUGGUUCUGGUCCGGCUGCACACAGAGAGCAGGCUGGGCUUCCCGGAGCUGGCCUGGCACUGCAGGGAGGUGCAGGUGGAGCCCCCUGGUGGACCGGCGCAGCACUUCCCCUGCAGGAAGUGGAUCAGUAGCGUGGGCAGUGUGGAGCUGUGGGAGGGAGCAGCGCGGACGGUGUGUGGGGAGACUCUGGAGCUGCUGAAACAGCACAGGAACUUGGAGCUGCAGAGCAAACAGGAGACUUACAGGUGGCGCACUAUAAGUGAGGGGCUGCCCCACUGCGUGGACAUGACAUCACUGGAGCAGCUCGGACCCGAUUUCAGAUACACACGGAGCGGCCCUGCAUUCAAUGCUCACUACCUGAGGGGGUUUGCACAGCGCUGUGAGUCGUGGAAGAGUUUCGAGGAGAUCGAGACCCUCUUUAUCUUCAACUGCCCCCCUGGCGGAGCUGCCACCGCAGAGUAUGUUCGCUCUCACUGGCAGCUCGACUCAUUCUUUGGAUAUCAGUUCCUGAACGGCUGCAACCCGUAUGUGAUUCACCAGUGCAAGACUCCGCCCCCCAACCUGGCCGUCACUCCCGAGAUGGUCCAGCCAUUCCUCCCAGCAUGCACCUCUCUGCCACAGGAGAUGGAGCGGGGGACUAUAUUCCUGGCGGACUACGAGAUUCUGGAAGGUGUCCCGGCUAACUGUGUGAAUGGGCGGCCACAGCACCUAGCGGCUCCUCUGUGCCUUCUCUACAGGAACCAGCAGGGGGAGCUGCUUCCCAUCGCUAUACAGCUGAAGCAGACCCCCGGCCCUGAUAACCCCGUCUUCCUGCCCUCGGACUCGGAGGCGGACUGGCUUCUCGCUAAGAUCUGGGUGCGAAACUCAGACUUCCAUUGCCACCAGUUAGUGUCACACUACCUGAAGACGCACAUGCUGGGAGAGGCGUACUGCGUGGCAACACUGAGACACCUGCCUGGGGCACACCCGCUACACAAGCUGCUAAUGCCUCACUUGCAGACCACCCUGCAGAUCAACAUUCAGGCCCGGACCUCGAUGCUCGCUAAAGGGGGCGUCUUUGACAAGUCGAUCUCAUGUGGUCUGGAUGGCGUGACUGCUCUUAUCCACAGAGCCAUGCAGCGCUUGCGCUACAGCGCCCUCUGCCUGCCGGAGGACCUACGAGAGCGCGGCGUCGACUCGCUGGACAACAAUUACUUCGCCAGAGACGGUCUCAGAGUGUGGGGAGCUAUACACAGGUUUGUUGAAAGGCUGCUCCAGUUUUUCUACCCCAGUGACAGUGCGGUGCAGCAGGACUCGGAGCUGCAGAGCUGGAUCACAGACCUCUUUCAUCACGCCUUCCUGGGUCUGCAGCAGACAGGUGUUCCCCAGUCCUUCCAGAAGAGGGCAGAGCUGGUGCAGUUCGUUACCAUGGUGAUCUUCAGCUGCUCGGCGCAGCACGCCGCAGUCAACUUCUCUCAGCUGGACUUUGACCUGUGGAUGCCGAACUGUCCCGCCAGCCUCCGCCAGCCCCCCCCCAGCAGCAAGGGGUCCCGCACCCUGCCGGACCUCCUGCAUCACCUCCCCGAGGUCAACUCCACCUGCUCUGUGCUGCUCACCCUGGCCACGCUGUCCCAGCCCUCCAGCGACUAUAUCCCGCUGGGGUUUUACCGGGACCCCCCCUUCAUAGAGGAGACCCCUCGGAAUCUGAUCUCGGAAUUCCAGGCGGAGCUACGGAAUCUGGGGUCGGAGAUCGACGAGCGCAACGCCGGAUUAGAACUUCCGUACAGAUACCUCCGACCGGACCUGAUUGAGAACAGCGUGUCUAUCUGAGCCCGGGGGUGGGGGGAGGGGGGGUGAAGUAAUUUUGAUUAUUAUGAAGUAAUAAUUAUUUUCUUUACUGAGGGUGGAAAAACUGUCCGAAAUAUUCUAAACGAAAAUUCCUGCGCGUGAAGGUGUUCUGCUUCACGCUGUUCAAACACAGGCCUCACCUUGAAAGGUACAUACCAACGUUUAGUUGUGUUGUGAUCCUAGCAUUUUCUGUUAUGAGGGCUGGAAUAAACAGAAACCAAAAACGGUGAGUCGUUUUAUCAUUGCACGAUGCCUCCCUUUUCUAAAACAUUGUGAAGACUUUGUUUAAGUUAAACAUGAGUUUUAAAAAGGGCGUGAUUAAACCACAGUAAUGAUUUGUGAAA